CAUCAUUAAGGAUUCAGGACAGGUCCUCCCACCAGGCAGGGGGCACAGACUCACACUCAGUGUUUCAGGAACAGCUUCAUUAAGGAUCCAGGACAGGUCCUCCCACCAGGGAGGGGGCACAGACUCACACUCAGUGUUUCAGGAACAGCUUCAUUAAGGAUCCAGGACAGGUCCUCCCACCAGGGAGGGGGCACAGGCUCACACUCAGUGUUUCAGGAACAGCUUCAUUAAGGAUCCAGGACAGGUCCUCCCACCAGGGAGGGGGCACAGACUCACACUCAGUGUUUCAGGAACAGCUUCAUUAAGGAUCCAGGACAGGUCCUCCCACCAGGGAGGGGGCACAGACUCACACUCAGUGUGUCAGGAACAGCUUCAUUAAGGAUCCAGGACAGGUCCUCCCACCAGGGAGGGGGCACAGACUCACACUCAGUGUGUCAGGAACAGCUUCAUUAAGGAUCCAGGACAGGUCCUCCCACCAGGGAGGGGGCACAGACUCACACUCAGUGUGUCAGGAACAGCUUCUUCCCCUCCCCCCUCUGAUUUCUGAAUGGACAUUGAUCACGAGCUGACUAUUCCUCUUUCGCACUAGUUGUCACGGUAAGAGAUAUUUUCAUGCACCGCUGCCGCACAAAAGAAAACGACGACCGACCGCCGCCAGGACAACAAACCUCACCCCGCUGGACCGAACGGCCGGGUGUGACGUCACAGCGACGGAAGCCGGCGAGGUUUCGCCGCGACUAUGGCGGCGCACUUGAAGAAGCGGGUGUACGAGGAGUUCACUAAAGUGGUGCAGCAACAGCCCCAUGAAGAGGUUCCAGCCAAGAAGCUCCGACUGGCGAAGCCCAGUAAAUCUGCAGCCCUCCACAUUGACCUGUGCAAAUCCACGAGCCCCACUGAAGCGUUGCAGUACCUUCUACAGUUUGCAAAGAAGCCCGUGGAGGCUGAGAGCGUGGAGGGAGUGGUGCGGAUCCUCCUUGACCACUACUAUAAGGAGAAUGAGAGUUCGGUCCGAUUGAAGAUUGCGUCCUUAAUUGGGUUACUGUCAAAAACACCAGGCUUCCUUUCUGACUGCAUAGUGGAAGAUGUUAUCAUCGCCCUUAACAAUGAAAAAUCUCACCACGUCCUCGCCCAGUUAUUGGACACCACCUUGGUGAUCGGCACUCAGCUGCAAGACAACUUGCCUCUCAGUUUCCGUUUAGUUGAGAUUGGUUGUAAGCACCUGGCAGACACGUCCCACGUGGUACGGAACAAAUGCUUGCAGCUGAUUGGUUGCCUGGGGCCCCUCGAGAGACAGGGGGUAAAGGAAAUGGAGAACGUGGCUGCCAGAGAUGUGCAGAAGAUCAUCAGUGAAUCAUUCACCGACCAGGAUCCCCGAGUCCGAACAGCAGCGAUGAAAGCCACGUUACAACUCCACGAACGGGGAAUGAAGCUGCAGCAGACCAUCUACUCUCAGGCUUGCAAGGCACUAACGGAUGACUAUGAGCAGGUCCGUUCUGUGGCCGUGCAGCUCGUGUGGGUAAUCAGUCAACUUUACGCCGACAGUAUCGUCCCCAUUCCCUCAUCUAAUGAAGAGAUCCGUUUGGUCGAUGAUGCUUUUGGGAAGAUAUGCCACAUGGUGAACGAUGGAUCCUGGCUCGUGAGAAUCCAGGCAGCCAAACUGCUGGGUUCCAUGCACCAGGUCAGUGUGCAAUUUUUGGAGCAAACCCUCGAUAAGAAACUGAUGUCCGAUCUGAAGAGAAAGCGCAGCGCCCAUGAGCGGGCGAAGGAAUUGUACACGUCCGGCGAGUUUUCCAGUGGACGGAAGUGGGGCGACGACGCUCCGAAAGAAGCGGUGGACACCUACACAGUCAACCUGAUAAACUCAGGGGCCUGCGGAGCAUUCGUUCAUGGGCUGGAGGAUGAAAUGUACGAGGUGCGCAACGCAGCGGUGGAGUCCCUCUGCAUGUUGGCUCAGGCCUCUGCAUCCUUUGCGGAAAAAUGCCUUGAUUUCUUGGUGGACAUGUUCAAUGACGAAAUCGAGGAGGUGAGGCUGGGUUCGAUUCACGCUCUGCGGAAGAUUUCUGUCCAUAUCCGCCUGCGCGAGGACCAACUGGAUACAGUGUUGGCUGUGCUGGAGGACUCUUCCCGUGACAUCCGGGAAGCUUUACACGAGUUGCUGUGCUACACAAACGUGUCCACAAAGGACGGUAUUCACCUGGCUCUGGUGGAACUACUGAAAAACCUGGCUAAGUAUCCAACCGAUCGGAAUUCAAUCUGGAAAUGCCUCAAGUACCUGGGCAGCAGGCACCCCACCCUGGUUUUGCCUCUCGUUCCUGAACUGCUGAGUACACACCCAUACUUCGACACCCCAGAACCCGACAUGGACGACCCGGCUUACAUUGCAGUGCUUGUUUUGGUGUUCAAUGCAGCCAAGACCUGCCCGACCAUGUCUGCUCUCUUCUCAGACCACACGUUCCGUCACUAUGCCUACCUACGUGACAGCCUGUCUGAUUUGGUGCCUCCACUCCAGUUGCCAGGCAGGAAGAUGGUAUCGGUCUCAGAUUCCUCCAACCACGCUCUGAACGAGGACUCGUCCCGCCAGUUUGUGCAGCAGAGCCUUGACCGGGCUCAGACCCUCCAACAUCUGGAUACCCAGGGAGCUCAGGACCUUCUGAAACUAACAAUUCGUGACCUGCAGCGACUGGGAGAGCUACAGCCAGAGUUGUCGGGGAUCGCUGAGUUUUCAGCCACAUACUUGCAAUGCCAGCUCCUGCUCAUGAAGUCUCUUCAGGAGAAGGUGUGGAAUGUGGCUGCUCCACUCUACCUCAAACAGAACGUCGUGGCAGCUUCUGCAGCCAAACAGAUUCUGGAGCACACCUACAAGCUGGAGUUUCUGUACAGUGGCCUGGAGAGCCGGCACGUCGCCCUCAUUCACCACAUGCGGCUUCAGGCCAAAGCGCUGCAGCUCAUACUGACGGCUCGCACCAGCCGAGGGAUGGACACUCUGAUAAACAUGUGUGAGAAGUUCCUGCAAGAGCUCGAGAUGUUCCCCAGGUAUUUUGCGGCGGAGCUGCAGCACCUGCAGGACAGCUUUGUGGAGAAGCUGCUGGACGUUCUGCCCAGGCUGAUGGCCUGCAAGCCCAUGGAGGUGGUGAAGAUCCUGCAGACCACUCUUCGGCACAGCAAUUUCAUGCUGCUGAAGCUCCCAGAGCAGCUGCACAAAGCCUCAGCAACCAUCAUUGAGCCCACCGGAGAGUCAGACAACCCCCUACGGUUCACAUCCGGCCUGGUGCUUGCCGUAGAUGUGGAUGCCACGUUGGAACACGUACAGGAUCCCCAGUCCACCAUUAAAGUGCAGAUACCACUCCACGUUUAGCACAUCUAAUCGCUGGUACAGACCUUUCAGCUUCCUGUUGUUUAAGCGUUAGUGCCGAAAGAUGGCUCGGUCUGCUGUCUUCUGCAGAAUUCUUCUGUUUGGUUAUGAGGAUCAUGUAUUCUGCCCUGCUUCUUAAUAAAUCAUUUAAUUCUGCUUGUUUUGUUUUGAGCUCGUUUUCUUUUGUUAUGGUGUAUCUCCUUUUGAGAUCAUUCUCCAAAACCUUACAUUGUUCUUCUCGGGUGCAAAUCUUUUGAAGCCGGCUUUUAUGUAGAUAGGCUCUGAACCAUAUGGCAUUAUUUCAUCAGAAACCCUUGAUGGAGGCCCUAAUCACUGUCACAUCUGAGACACUAUUUUUAUGUAAAUUUAUAAAUUCUGUCAGUUUUGUUCUCCGCUGUGAUAGAAAUUAGUAGUUUUUUAGAAGAGUGGAGUUAAACCUCCACCUAGUAGCCUUAUUUUUAAUUUUGCCAUAAUUAAAAGUAGAUAUGACUGGGUUGUGAUCUAUUGAGUGUACCAAAGGCAGCAGACCGGAGGAUACAAGAAUGUGAUCUAUCCGAGAGAAAGUUUUAUGUCUUGUGGAGAAGAAGGUAUAGUCUUUAGCAGAUGGAUUAUGCACCAGACAUUUCAAUUGCUACAUUAAUAUUAUGUCUCAUUAAUAACAUAACUCAUUUGGUAUGAGUACCAUCAGCUGAUUUAUAAAAGCGGUUUUGAACCCUGGGAAUGUCAUUAGGUUUAAAAUGUGUUUCCUGUAACAGCGCGAUAUCUAUUUUCUUUCUGCGUAAGAAAUCUAAAACCUUUGAGCGCUUGUAGAGAGAGUUUAGUCCUCUAACAUUAAGUGAGACAAUAGUAAGAUUUUCUAAUUCAUCUCUGUUGCUCAUCUUCCCCUGGAUCUGUUGUUGUAAGUUGCUGUUGGAGCGCCGAGUUACCCCCUUCCCACCCCCUCUCCCAUCACCCCUCCCUCACAUUCAGCCUUUUACUUUGUAACAUCUGUGAGUGUCACUUAGCAAUGUCCGACACCGAACACUGACAUUAACCAAACCCCUCUAACAACAACAAAUUAGAAAGGCAAAGCAGUUCUCAUAGACAAUCAUAUCAAAGAGCCAAGAAAAAAAACCUGGACAAAACCGUUAGCCUAUAUAAUUAAAACCACUUCCUUCUCAAAUAUACUAUAACACAUUAUCAAGACCCCAACAACUCUCUAGCGAGAAACUGUCGCUUUAACAGAUGGCUCCAGUGCUAUCUUAUCUGGUGCCCAGGAACGUAAACAAGUCUACUGGAGACAUAACAUUCUAAAGUUAUUCCAAACAAACUGCUGUUUAUCAGCUUCAUUCUUGAUGAAGUAUGGCAAUUGGGGAUAUUGAAUAUCACCUUAAAACUCUGACCUACAAAACUGAGAAACAAAUUGGCCCCUUAAUUAACUAAAUACAAAAGUGCAACAAGUGACUUUCCAGUAAAAGAUUAACCAGAGAACUUCACAUCUAUAAUGUUAACUUGCCCGUGCCUGUUAGAUUGCACGUACAGGCAGUUCCAUCUCCUCCUGAGGGGCAGGUGGACUUUGCCUGCGGUCUUCUUCUAUAUCUCCCAGCAUCGAUGAUUUCAGAGCUUCUUUCGCUUCCUCUGCCAAGCUAAACAACAUCUUCGUGCCCUUGAUAUUCACUUUCAAAAUCGUCGGGUAUAAGAGAAAUGAGUCUGUCGAAGCUUAGCGCGGAUCUCCUUGUAUCCCUGCCGUUCCUGCAUCGUGCCGGGGCUGUACUCGGCGAAGAACUGCAGCUGGGUGCCAUCAGGGAGAGUAGGUUUGGCUUUCCUCGCGCCCUCCAGGAUAGCCUGCUGGUCGGUGUACCGUAGAAGCCUAAAGAUCAUGGUCUGCGGUCUUGAGGUGUUUUUGGAAAAGAUCCUGUGUGCUCUAUCAAUCUCCAAAGGAGUGCUGUGGGAAUUCUUGAGCGCUGGAAUCCAAUUAGGGAGCAUCUUCUCGAGGUAACCUCUCGGAUCGUCGCCUCAGCACCUGUUGGUAGGUUGACCAGCCGCACAUUGUUUCUCCUGGAUCUGUCCUCCAAGUCGUUUAGCUUCUU